AUGGCAAAGGCUUCUCCGUUUUGCAGAUAUAGAGCUAGCGAACUUCGGAGAUGUUUGUCGGAUCAAUCCCGCGGAAUAUCUCAAAAUUGGGGAGCUGCCAAUUUCAGGAGCCCCGAAGCUAUGCUUAACCUCCGCUGGGGAUCCUCUACUAAUAUAUGGUCAUUUGGAACUACUUUCUUACUCUCCCCACAACUCAUCAGUCUCAUAUGGGGUCUUCUAAGGAUGCAAAUUUCGCAGAGAUGUCUUGCUACUUUUGGACCGCUGCCUGCGUCUUAUGAAACCCUUAUUGCGGAGGACGACGAACCUAGGCGGAGUGCACUGGGUAAUGCUGUCCAGUUUAUUGACGAGAAUGAUAGGUUGAGGCCAUUUGUGUUGGCUAAAGACAAGUGCUUCACCGAGGAGGACAAGGAGUUCAUUCUUAAGACUAUGAAAUUCGAUCCGAGGGAUCGUCCAACUGCGGGGGAGUUGUUGGCGAAUAAGUGGUUUGCGGGUGUGCCAUAA